GGGGAGCCAGCAGCCAGCGGAGAGCGUGUGGAGGAGAGUGAGGAGGAGCAGGCGGAGGGCGAGCGGCGGGGGAGCGGGCUGGUCCCCCCUCCCCAGGAGGGAGCCGCAUUGAGGCACCCGCGGGCACAGAAAGGCUGUUUUAUAACUGGGAUCCUCGGUGACGUAUGGCUGCCUGUUCCCUGGCAGCUGCCUUUACGGACCAGUAGGCAGAGGGAGGUUGACGCCGCCGAGCCUCUGGCGGCUUGGAGAGGACUGAGCGCCACUGUGGUGCGGAACAGGACCUCUCAAUCACGGGGUGUGAAUAGCAGCCGGAGGGGAGCCCGAAAGACAAGGAAGAGGAGGGGAGAAGUGUGUGCCGGGGGGAGCGGGGCAGAGCAUUUUUGGUGGAUGGUAUGAAGCCAGCCAUGGAAACUGCGGCCGAGGAGAACACUGAGCAAAGCCAAGAGAGAAAAGCGAACAGCAGAGCUGAAAUGGAAAUUGGCAGGUACCACUGGAUGUACCCAGGCUCAAAGAACCACCAGUACCAUCCCGUGCCAACACUGGGGGACAGGGCUAGCCCCUUGAGCAGUCCAGGCUGCUUCGAGUGCUGCAUCAAGUGUCUGGGCGGAGUCCCCUACGCCUCGCUCGUGGCCACCAUCCUCUGCUUCUCCGGGGUGGCCUUGUUCUGUGGCUGUGGGCAUGUGGCCCUGGCGGGCACCGUGGCGAUCCUGGAGCAGCACUUCUCCACCAACGCCAGCGACCACGCCCUGCUCAGCGAAGUGAUACAGCUGAUGCAGUACGUCAUCUACGGCAUCGCGUCCUUCUUCUUCCUGUACGGCAUCAUCCUGCUGGCGGAGGGCUUCUACACCACGAGCGCGGUGAAGGAGCUGCACGGGGAGUUCAAGACCACCGCCUGCGGCCGGUGCAUCAGCGGCAUGUUCGUCUUCCUCACCUACGUGCUGGGAGUGGCCUGGCUGGGCGUGUUUGGUUUCUCUGCCGUGCCCGUGUUCAUGUUCCACAACAUCUGGGCCACCUGUGAGGUCAUCAAGUCUCCCCAGACCAACGGCACGGCCAGCGUGGAGCAGAUCUGCGUGGAUGUGCGGCAAUACGGUAUCAUUCCCUGGAGUGCUUUCCCAGGAAGGAUAUGUGGCUCCGCUCUGGAAAACAUCUGCAACACCAACGAGUUCUACAUGUCCUACCACCUGUUCAUUGUGGCCUGUGCGGGUGCUGGUGCCACCGUCAUCGCCCUGAUCCACUUCCUCAUGAUACUGUCUUCUAACUGGGCUUACUUAAAGGAUGCAAGCAAAAUGCAGGCUUACCAGGAUAUCAAAGCAAAGGAAGAACAGGAACUGCAAGAUAUCCAGUCUCGGUCCAAAGAACAACUCAAUUCUUACACAUAAGCGUUUGCCAGAGUCUUUCAGCCGACGAAUUUACAGCUCUGACAAAUCAUCAGACAACUGCUCUGCAGUACAGAUGUGUAUCCCACCAAACAACUCAUGUAGAAGUACAAACACUUCACUGUCUCAAGCUGCUGGGAAGUAUUUCUAGGAAAAUCUUCCAGUGGGUAAAUCUUUUCUCUUUAGAACAGAUAUUGGAGGUUUCACGUUAGCCAUUUUAAAAGGCAACACUUUAAUUAUUCAUCUUUCUUAAAUUCCCAGCAUGCUCUUUUAUUGUUACAGCAGUCCUACGACUGGGGCUACAUCAUAGUCCUUGAUAGUGACCCAAGAUGUGCCAGCAUCAAGGGAUGCAAGCCUAAAUUCACACAUGUCAUCUGUGCUAAAAUAGAUCUAUGUAGGGAAUAAAGUGAAGUUCCCUUUCUGACAACUGACAUUUAUUAAACUUUGGCUCAAAGAUAAUGUAAUUCUUACAAUUGACUUUAAUUAGCUGACUGUCCCCCCAUAAGGCCAGGACACAUUAAUUUCCUGAUCUAAUCAGAAAUCCCCACCCUUUCUAACAUGAGCUACUCUAACUCUGCUACACCUACGAUUGAAGCUGGAUUCUGACUAAUGGACAAGCUUUCCUGAAUCAAUUUUAUAAUAGAUUCAUUUUUUAAAAAUUGUCAUUCUUCUUGGGGGAAAGAUGUGUCAGCUCUGCCUUAAUGGGUAUUUGCUUUAAAUUUCUAACAACUUAUACAACAAUGGGAGACCCCAAAUCCUUCAUAGAAUUUUACUCCACAAAUGUUUUUCUUAAGAAGUGUUACCUUGUUAAAAUGAUCACCAUUCUAAACUAUUUUUACAUGGUCUGAAUAAGCGAGUUUACAGUUUCAUACCAACCAUCUAAAAACCCAAUUACAAACAGACCACAAACCUCCUACUUUUAUAGACUUGAAUACUUAGUUGGUAUUUAUUUCACUUUUAUCUAAAUCUUAGUUUCCUUGGGAUAAUAAAGUUCAAUGUUCAGCAAAAAAAAAAAAAAACCUGCUUGAGUUGAAGCCAUUUUCAAAUGAAACUUGCCUUCUAAAUCAUUGUGUUUCACAGCAUUAAGUGACUAUAGGUAUUGGGUAUUAGUGAUGGUAAACUUUGUGUUCUUUAUGAAAUGAUACAUAUAACUGUUGGGUGCAUCAGUGCUUUUUAAAAGGGGCUGCAUAAUAUAGGAUUAACUAUGUAUAUUCAUGUUAAGAAAUAACUUGUGGUUUGGCUGUUUCCUGGAUUUUAAAACAUAUACAUGUGCUGAAAUGUAUUAAAAUGAAAGGAAGCAUACCUUUAUCAAGAUGCUAUUAAAAUCGAACAUCAAGUAUAAUAUUUCAUUUGGAUUCUUUUUGUUGUUAAUGCCUAAAAAUGCCUAUUUGGAUCUUGACUUUUUUUUUUAAUUGGGAGAAGCUCUUCUAUGUAGAACAGUUGUUCCAGAUUUAGCUUGGUGUUUUAUUUUCCUGUUGCAUGACUGACAAAUAUUUUUUCCAGCAGUGGAGGUGCUGUUAGAGUCCAGUGUUCUAGAAGAGGCAGUGUCUUAAGCCUAAUUUUACUUUUCUAAUUCUGGUAGCUAUUACCAAGAAUUUCUGAGAGUUUUGUUUAAGUAGUCUAAUAUUUUUUAUGUAAAGAGCAUUAAAUUUUGCUAUGUAUAAAUUUUUGUAACCUAACAGUGAAUCAAUAUUUUCUAUCAGUGCCAAGGGCUUCCUGUAGUUCUAUUCAAGUGUUACAAUAAAUAUUUGUAGAUAAUAGUCAAUACUUGUGUAUGCUUAUUUUAAAGAUCUAUUUAGGUGGAAACAGUUGUGGAUGUACUAAGAGUAAUGAAAUAAAAUUAUAGCUUCAUUCACUUGCCUUCUUACCAUACAUAAAUACUAUCUUUCUCUGUCCUCAGUAUGGUGUCAUUUUUAAAUGUCUACUUAUGGUUACAUAUUUGUAUGGAAAUCAAGUCUGAGUGCUGACAAAUGUAUUUUAAGCAAGAACAAUUCGAGAAAAUAUUGUACUCCACUGGGCUAUACUUUACACAAAAUGCC